AAUCGGACCGUCCAUCGCGAUUAUUUUAAAUCGAUGCCUCACUUAAAUAAGGUGUCUCAGAAUAAGGAUGUGUGAAUCAAUUCAUUUGUAGAAUAUAUGGAAGUGUUUCCAUGGAUUAAUUUUACGGAUUAAAAUUCACAUUAGUUAAGUGACAGUGACGGGGAAUCGAUGAAUUGUAAACGAGUGUCAAUGACAAUUAUAAAAAAAGUACACUUCUAAGAUUUUUAUGAGACAAAAACCGCUGGAGAAAGCUUAUGAAAGUAAAAUAGUUAUGUCGAUAAAAUUGGGACGUAAUUGGUAUUCGGAAUAAUUCAAUACAUCAAACUGAAACAUUUUAAAAGACAUACCAGAAGAAAAAAAGGCAUAACAUUGAUUUGAUAGAUGAAAAUAAACAUUUAAAAACAGAAGGAAUUGUGUGCAUACCAUGAAGAUCCCUUCAACGAAACAUUGCAUAUGUUUUAUUAUAUUCUACAUAUUUCUUGUGGUGUGUUUCGUAUCUUUAGUAUUUCAUAGAAGACAUAUUAGUAUGCGUGACUACUCGUUGCUCAACAACAGGAAAAUACUAAUUAGUAAAUACACAGUCGAAGGAGUUUUUGCCAUUGCAGAAGAAGAUUCAUUCACACAAAGCGCAGGGAAAUAUAUUAAUUACUCACACGCCUUCAGUUAUAAACCAUUUAACAUUUUAAAGCCGAAGUUCGGAGACUUGUGGAGUGAAACUGUAUUUUUAAAAAAUCCUGACAACAUCGCUUUAAUUGGAACGCAGUCCCAAGAAAAGCUUCAGGGAGAGAUAGUCGUUGUCAGGAAUGGAACACUCGACCUUAACACGGACUGUGGAUACCGUGCGAGCUCCUCUGCUGUGAAAAGAAAUCAAACAAAAGGAAUAACACAAUGGUAUUCCAGUAUUAUUCCAUUGUAUGUUCCUGAUGGGCAUACAUUCCAACAUUUUCUAGAUGGUAUGUUACCAAAGAUUAUACAAGUUCUGCCAACAAUGCGAAUGUUUAAAGCUAAACUUCUUUUACGCUACCCACGAGAUGAAAUUAUCUUUGAUAUUUUAAAAAAACUGAACAUUUCUAGGGAGCAGUUGAUAUUUAUUGACUCUACAAAUGUCACAGUUGGUGCAGAUUUCUUAAUAUUUACUUGCAUAACACCUCCUUUGCAUCCAUAUCUUUGGAAAACAGCACGCAAAAUGGUCGGCGCACCUGAAAUCCCGGACGCGUGGACAAGAGAAUUUGGAAUGGUUAUUCUUUUGACGAGAAAGGGGUGCCACAAUUGUGGUAGAAUUAUUCAAAACGAAGUUGAAGUUUUACACUUCCUAGAGUCGCGAUAUGGCAAAGAUACCGUAUCCCUGUUUCAGGGAUCUAAAACAUUAUUGGAAUCAAUAGAUACAUUUGGAAAGGCAAGAAUAAUCAUUGGUGCACACGGUGGUGCCUUCUACAACAUAAACUUUGCCCCGGCUGAGACGGUUUUGGUGGAAGUUAUGCCAACCAACGAUGAUGGUAGCGAACUGGCGGCUUCCAAAACCAUUUUCUGGGCACAAGCAGACAUGUUGGACCAAGUUUAUUGGAGAAUUUGUGAAAGACCGCUUAAUGACAAAGGAGAUGUCAAUGUCAAUAUUAUAGUUUUAGAAAACAUUUUAGAAAUAGUGGACAAUAAGCAAUUAAAAACAAAAACAGUAUAGGGAAUGAAAACAAUCGAUUGGCCGGUUUCAAUUUUCUACAAUGAUUUCGUUAAAGCAUACAUGUCGUGAUGAAAUACCGUUUAGAGAAAGAGCAGAUGUGGAUGUGGUCUCAUGUUUGGCAAAAGUAACUGUAAACGUUGCUGAUUUAUAUAGAAUAAUACAAAUUAAUUCUUGUGUUAACAUCUUAAACGUUUGAUCAAUUGUAAAAUGACAUAUUGUCAAAACGUAAAACAGAUAUAGAUGCAAAAUAGCAGCACUUGUCAUAUGUGUAUGAUUUAAUGUGUAUACUUUUGUUUAAGAAGAUUGUACAUACUAAUAAAGGUAAGAGUGAU